CCCGGCCGUGAGGUUCAGCGCACUGCACUCUUCUUGCUUACUGCGCGAAAUUCAUCACUUUGUUCGUGGAUGCCAAUCGAGCAAGUAGUCCUUAGCAGCCGUUAGCCUGUCGUUUGUUUUGUCUUGCGUAUAUUAUUGAGAGGCGCAGUCGAGUUUGUUUUGAUUGACACUCCGAGUGAAAACAAUGGUGGACCGUGGCCGAAUCUGUGGCUUAUUCGUUUUCCGACGCAAGGGAGAUUCCAUCGAGUACUUACUGGUGCAAAAACCUAAAAAAGGUUCCUGGGGCCCACCCAAAGGACGCGUCGAUCCCGGCGAAACCGACAUGGAGACUGCUCUCAGAGAAACCGAGGAAGAGGUCGGUUACGAUAAAAACGAUUUGAAAAUAUACGAGGACACCAGAAGGGAGGUUCACAUCGUGUCGAAGCGCAAGGACAAAAUUGGCGUGUUUUGGAUCGCGGAGCUCAUCGAUGCCCAAAAAGAAGUCCGUAUCGACCCAGCGGAGCAUAGUGGUUUCAAGUGGUUAUCUCCGCAAAAUACGCAGCGAUUAAUUCUCGAUUACUUGAAAUCUUUAUUCAGUGAUUUUGAUCAAUUUGUUCGUGAGAAAUUGUUAACCUCUACGGAUUAAGUUAAUAAAGUUGAAAUAUCAGUUCAA